CUGUUUCGAUUCCUGCUUCUGGGUUCAAGUUGUGCUAUACUGUCGUGCGUUUUUGUACUUUAAGUUUGACUUUUCCAUAAAACAAGAAGAAGAAAUGAGUGGUACUAAUAACGAAUGGAGAUCCGCAGCAGUCAGUACAGGGACCACUAUAAUUGCCGUGCGCUAUGAUGGAGGGGUUGUGAUUGGAUCGGACUCGCGAGCCUCGAUGGGAGGCGAGUAUGUGUCCUCGAGGGUGAUCAACAAAGUGGUUCAGGUCCACGACAAGAUAUUCUGCUGCAUGUCGGGGUCUCUGGCCGACGCCCAGGCUGUCACCAACGCCGUCAUCCACAAGCUCAACUUCCACAGCAUGCAGAUGGGAGAGCCCCCCCUGGUGCAGUCCGCGGCCUCCGUCAUGCGCCAGUUCUGCUACGACCACCGGGAGGAGCUGAGCGCCGGCUUCAUCGUGGCGGGCUGGGACCGCAAGAGGGGGCCUCAGGUGUUUGAGGUGUCUCUGGGCGGUAUGGUCGUAGAGCAGGAGUUCACGGUCGGCGGUUCGGGAAGCACGUACAUUUAUGGAUACGUGGACGCCAAGUUCAAGCCAGGGAUGACCAGGGAGCAGUGUCUCGCAUUCACCACCAACGCCCUCACCUUAGCGAUGGACCGGGACAACGUGAGUGGUGGAGUGGUUCACCUCGCCGUGGUAACGGAGUCAGGUGCCGAGAGACAGCUGAUCCCUGGCAACAAACUGCCGGUCUUCCACCGCAUAUAGUGUCUGUAUCACAACCCCCUGCAAAACAAAAAAAAAACAAUAAAAUCUUUUUUUUUUUUAAGUGUUGCCUCCUGAGCUAAGGCUGGGGAUGUUUGUGAUAUCAUUGGGGUAGUCUGCACCUUUGUUUUAAAAUAAUAAUAAUAUGACACUGGUAAAAUAUAAUGUUUAAAGACACCUUUUGCCUCUUGUGGAAUCGCAAAAGUGAAGUUUGGAUGCUUAUAACUUGUUUAUGCUGCAUCCACUUGUUGGAGGGCACAAGGCAUGUUUUUGUGAUGUUUCAGCAUCAUUUUGCCAGAUAAAAUCAUGAUAGAGGUAAAGAAAUAUAGAGGUUGUUUCCCCUGGGGGAGAUGGACAUGGGAUAUACACUUGUGUUUGUGUGAGUGCAUGCUGAGGUGGUGUGGGUGACAGAGAGCCUGUUUAAUGUUUAAAUUAACCUUCCAAGUCUUUGCCUGAUUGUCCAUAGGUGACAUCAGCCACCAUAUAUAGACAUGGGCAUUACUAAUGAAGUAAUAGACAUGCACAGCUAGUCAGAGGUUUUUCAAUCCCUCCCCCCUAUAAAGCAAGGGGAAACUCUCACAUUUGUGGUAAUGAAAAAAUGCAUAUAAUAACAUAUGCUGGAUUCAACCUAUCAGAAGAUAGCAGUCAUUAAUCUUGAACAUUGAUACACAAUUGACACAGAAUAAAACCAUUAAAACAAA